AAAAAGAUAAAAAGCUGUCAGCUGUACUAUUUCUUUUUUUUUCCUUAUGGAACCUCCUCUAAAGAUAACUACAGUUAAAAGUUCUAUUACCGGCAUUGAGUGGAAAACGAGAUACAUUCCAAGUCUCAAAUCUCUUGUACUUAAAGUACAUACUCUCGACCUUGCCAAUGUUGAUUUCUUCAGAAAAGUCUUUAUUUCACUACUUGAUAGCUAUAAACCGGAUAAAGCAAAACGAAAAGAAAAAGCAAGAAGUCACAAGGAACUUAUCAAUAAGCAUCGAGAUACCUAUUGCCAACUCGCCUCUUAUGUUCCAAUCAAACUGAAAUAUGCGCAACAAAUAGGAAGCUAUGAAGCUACGAAAAUCCACACUGCAUACAUGAAUGGCGAAAGAAUUGGCGCUUUGAAAAGUGAAAUGAAAAAGAAAAAUUGCACAGAAAGCGAAAUCUCUGCUGUGGUCAAAACCAUAGCAAGCCAGUGCACCAAAGAAAAAAUGAACAUCUCUCUGAGGAACAUCACUGAAUUGCCAGCGCAUCUUUUUAACUCACAAGAAGUCGGCAUCCUUCAACAGUUUUUUGAUUGCUACCCUUCUGGCACUUACUUCAAGAAGAAUUCUAUUUAUUAUGAUUGUAAAGCGGAUCCAUCGAAGCAUCUGAAGGCAUUUUAUCAUCUGACGCAAUGUUCUGAAUCUCUCUACAAUAAGCCGUUCAACUGCUUUCCUCUGAGAAGAACAUUCAUACCUAGUUAUAUGACUAUAGACACAUAUAUUGUAAACACUCAAAUUUUAAGAAACUCUGUCAUUAGCCACUUAGACAAAGAAGUAAUCUGGGAAGCCGUACUGAACAUGAAAUCCAAAGCUAUGAAGCCUCAAGGAGACAACAAACGAAUGAAGUUUAGAGGUACUAUUUACACAGAUGGUGUUGCCGUAUCCAUCUUGAAGCAGACCUAUGACAGCAAGAAGAAAGGUUCUGGAGGCGGCAUGCGAAAUGAUAAGAAGACAGAAGAAGACAUUGCUUACAUAGAAAGUCUGUCGCAAGAAAAACUUCAAGAAAGAACUUACAAAAAUAAUUGUGUUUUGUUUGACCCUGGACGGCGUGAUAUGUUGUUCUGUAUGCACGAAAGCAGUACCGUUGAAAAGAAAAGAACUUAUCGCUAUACGAGAAAUCAAAGGAACAUUGAAACAAAAACAAGAAAGUUCAUGAAACUUUGUGAAAGACAGAAACCAGAGGCCGUAAGCAAUGUAGAAGCAAUUCUUUCACGUUUAAAGCCAUCCACAGUCAUAAAAGAUCAAUACGUAGAAUAUAUAAGACAAAAAUCUACCGUGAUUCAAGUUCUUCAGGAAUACUACUCGAAUAAAGACUUGCCUUUAGAAGAACGUAAUACUAAUAUGCUACCAUUUCGAAAGCUAAAACUAUCGAGCUACAUUAAUCGACAGCAAUCUGACAAACGUCUUUGUAAGGAUAUCAGAAAACAUUUUGGCAAUAAUGCUGUUAUUGCUAUUGGUAACUGGUCUGCAGGGAAUGUCAAGUUCCGUGAACCGAUUAGAGGAGCUGGCAUGAAAAGAAUGCUUCAAAAAGAAGGUUUUCUGGUACACCUUAUUGAUGAAUUCAAAACAUCCAGUAUAUGCCCGGUAUGUAAAGGUGAUGUAGACACUAUCAAAGAAGUUGUAAAUCCAAGGCCCUUUAGAAGGGAAAAAUAUCCAACCGUAAAACGUCAUGGUCUUAUAAGGUAUAAAACUUUUAAUUAUGUUUAGUUUAUUGAUAACAUUUGUGUGUCAUUUAGGUGUAAAAAUGAGCAAUGCUUGAAAGAAGGUCGUCGUCUUUGGAACAGGGACUUACUCGCCACCCUCAACUUUUGUGAGAUUCUCUUUAGUUUACGUGACCAUGGUGCAAACACAAAAAAAA